UGUCCGGAAGAAAAGAUCAUGAGAGGCCAGAAAAACCAAUCUCAUCAUGUAAAAAGAAAAGAGGAAAUCAACCUCACACUUUGGAGCCCAACCCAACACGCCAGCUCGCAGUCCACGUCCACCACAUUCCUCGCCCGUCGCCGCCGCCGUUCGACGCCGACGCGCCGGCCAGCCGGCCAACUCAGGACUCACUCAGCGCCGCAGAGCAGGCGCUGUCCACAUGAGCGAGGGUACCACCUCGCCGGCGCUGGAGCCGGAGCCAGCGCCUCUGCCGGACAACGACGACAUCCACCGGGAGAUCUUCCUCCGCCUCCCGCCGCUCCCGUCCUCCGUCCCCCGCGCCUCACUCGUCUGCAAGCGCUGGCGCCGCCUCCUCUCCGACCCCGCCUUCCUCCGCCGCUUCCGUGCCCACCACCGUGCGCCCCCCCUCCUCGGCUUCUUCGCCGACGAGGACGGCGACAUCGAGUUCGUGCCCACGCUGCGCCGGCCCGAUCGCAUCCCCGCCGCGCGCUUCUCCGCGCCGCGGAAAGAUGACGGCGACCACCUGAGCUUCCUCGGAUGCCGCCACGGUCUCGCCCUCCUCGUCGACCGCGCGCAGCUCGAGGCCGUCGUGUGGAACCCCGUCACCGGCACCCGGCGCCGCGUGCCUUUCCCGCCGGGGUUCAACCAAGGACACGUCUACAAAGGCGCCGUGCUGAGCUCCUCCGGCGACGGCCACGUGCACGGUGAUUGCCGCCUGAUCCCCUUCAAAUUGGUACUGGUGCAUCAUGCUGAGCUCCACGGCUCGGUUGCGACCGCCUGCCUAUAUGAAUCGGAGUCUCGUGAAUGGGGUAAUGUCUGCUCAACAGCUAUUCCACGCUUGUCUCUACAUCAGCCUGGCGUCCUAGUUGGGAAUCAAAUUUACUGGAUGCUAUCGGGGACUAGCGACAUACUUGAGUUUGAUUUGGAUGGCCAGAGUCUAUCUGUAAUUCAGAAGCCAGAGGACGCACAUGUUACCAACAAUUCAGGCCUUCAGGCCUUGAGGACACAAGAUAACAAGCUUGGUCUUGCAACUGUGUCAAAACUAGGCAUCCAAUUGUGGGAGAGGAAGACCAACUCAGAUGGUUUUGGCAGAUGGGUGCCAUUGAAAACUGUUGAACUAGACAAACUCCUUUCCAUAAGUCCAUCAAUAAGGAUACGGUCAGCAACGAUUUUGGGGUUUGAUGAGGAUAGCAAUGCCUUUUUUAUUUGUACGAAUAUGGGCAUCUACAUGAUACAGCUUGAGUCAUUGCAGUUCACAAAACUUUUUGACGGUGAUUGUUUUACUGCCUAUUAUCCCUACACAAGUUUCUAUACAGCAGGCUUGGGCAUUGGUGGUGGAGAUAGUAGAGCUGAAAUGUUGAACAAUACAUUGUCCCAAUAUAUCUUGUAAGCUGAGGUGUUUGAUUAAUAGGUGAUGUAAAUUUAUCUUCUUCUAUGUGUAUGUUCUCUUGUCACCAUCUUGGUUGAAUAUAUGCUCAAAAUGUUUAGGAAAUCCAUCACCUAUUUUGUAAUUUAGAUCACUGUCUUUCAGUUGUAAACAGGCUGCAUUUUAAUGUGUUUAGUAGUCAAAUUAUUUGGUCAUUGCUUGGCCAUUGAUGUAUGAAAAUAUUCUGUGGUGCUUUCUUUUAUUGUUUUUCCAGUGUGAACAUCCUAAUAGGAAAUGAAUAGCUCAAUUGGCAUUGCAACUUUCUGUUUUGUUUUAUUCAUUGAUCAUUACCUUCUCCAAGAUAAUAUGUAUCUCUAUUGUUCUUACUACUAAAUCGUAAAUCUGUAAAGGCGAUUGCAUAUAUCUUAUGAAAUAACAGUAGCCUCAUUAAAACUUUUGUGAAAGAUUCACGCUGCAAGUGAUGUUUGUACUUUUACUGGAUUAGAGCUAAAUGGUGCUUGUUUUAUAUUUCACAAGGCUAAUUUUUAUUUCUUUCUAAGCAUUUAUGGUCAUAUUUUUCACUGAAGAUUCUCAAUUUGAGAUUAUUUGAAAUAAUUUCAUUGGGAUAAGUGAAAUAAAUUUCUCCAGAGCAGUUGUGGAUAACUUUAUUUUGUGUGAUGGGCUCAUUAGUGCAAAACAUGUCCUUCAUUACUAGGUUAUUUGUGGCUGUAUGACCAUUAUUGUUCUGCAUACUUUUCUCGUUAUUGCCAAUAGAUUCGAUUUAUUUACCUGUUUCUAAUCUUUUGAUAAAAUUCAGCAAUUUUGUGAAUUCACAAGAAUAUAUGAUGGAAGGUUGACCUGAAUAGAUCUUAAGGUUUGGGCUUUCCUUGGUUUUAGUUGGUUCGUUGGAUUUGUGUUUCUUUUAGGCUUGGGAUUGGUGGUGGAGAUGAUAGAGCUGAAAUGUCAAACCAUACAUGAGAUGAUUGUUGCCCCAUUGUGAAGUGUUGUGCUGGUUGAACCAUGGAUGUGAAUUGAUCUUCUACUAUGCGUAUAGGUGUAUAUUGUGUUGCUUGUCAGUGUUUUUCCACCUCAGUUCUACCUGUGGAUCCAUGAUGUCCUACAUGUUCCAUGUGGAAUAUGCUUUAGGAUGGAGAAAAGGUAUGGAGGGAAAAAAAAGGGAGCUGCAAGCAAACCAAACGAGGAAGGAACCCGCAAGGGGAUCACCUGCCUUCUGCGGUGCCGCGACGAGAUGGUCAGCGAGCUUGGCCUCUUGUCCCCCAAGAAGACCAAGGCCGAUGACCAAAAAAAAAAGUUGGGUACCUGAAUUUUUCAGUCACCAAUUCGGGUAUCAACUAUGGAAGACUGAAAUACUUGAAAUUCAGAUUGGUGCUGGUUUGGUUGGCCACCGAGCCCGCAGAGGAAGCUGCAGCCACACUGAGGCUGGCCGUGUGGUGACACGGGCACCGGACUCUCUGCACCAUUGCUGCUGGUAGCACAGGUUUCCAAUGGCGACUGCGCUGGUCGAGCCAUGCGAGAAUGUCAGAGAACACCAGCUCCACGUUCUCGUCAGGCUCACCGGCGGUGAGGCCGUGCCACAUCCCUGGGUAGAGCUUGAUGGUCUUGUCGGUGCUGGCUGAGCGCUCGUAGAGGGUGCGGCUGACCUCCGGGUCGGUCACCGUGUCGGCCUCGCCGUGCAGGACCAGAAAUGGCACCCUCACCUGGCAGAAACAUAUCCAUAAAUUACAAAUUAUAAAAAUCUGGAUUGAGAAAGCUAACACAUUCUGUAUAUUGCUAGCAGAUAGAGGUUGUUAGAGGACCUCUGACAGAUUAUCUUCCACAUCCAUGCUGGUCCUGAGCAGCUCCAGCGCAGACUUCAGCCGGGGCCUGUCCUGGUAGAUGAGCUUGUUCUUCCUGACCUGCUCAUGGUUACAGAAGAACUUAAUUCAGCGAUAAUGUCUGAACUUGCUAUAUGUUUCGAGUGAGUAUAGUUUUCCAAAAACUAUUGA